CAGUAUUUACUUACUCAUUUAAAGAUAACAUCGUGUAGUGUGUAUAAUAUAUAAUAUUACGUAGUUAAAUAAGAAUAAUGACGAUAAAUAAAAUAAUCUUAACAGUGAUUAUAUUCAAUUUUAUAACACAAAUCAAAAUGGAGGACGUAUAUUUCGCGCCAUCGCUGUUUUUAAAUCAUGGCGGCGGUCCGUACCCCGUUUUGGGUGAGAAGAACAAUUUGGAGAUCGCUGACGCGUUGAGAAAUGUCUCGAAUUAUGUGGAUUUGGGUCGUUUGGGGGCCAUAGUGGUGGUGACGGCGCAUAGGGAGGAGGAUGUGGUCACUAUAUCGUCUGCGGAACGACAUUCCUUGGUCUAUGAUUAUUAUAAUUUUCCACCGGAAAGUUAUGAACUAAAGUACAACGCUCCAGGCGAUCCAGUAUUAGCGACAAGAAUACACGAAGCGUUCAAAACCGCGGGCAUCGCGUCCCGAUUGGACGACCAAAGAGGCUGGGACCAUGGCGUCUUCAUACCGAUGAUGUUGAUUCACCCCAAGGCAGAUAUACCCAUCAUACAAGUCUCUAUAUUGAAGAACCAAAACGCGGCACAACAUUACGAAAUAGGACGAGUCUUGUAUCAAUUCAGGAAAGAAGGAGUCGCCAUAUUUGGAUCAGGACUAUCUUACCACAAUAUGAAAGAAUUUCGUAAAGCAAUACCUGAUGUUGAAAAAGACAUUGUUAAUAAAGAUUUUGAUAGUUUUUUGAAUGAAGUGUGUACUGGGGAUGAGGGGAAGAGAAAGAGAAUAGUGUUUUGGGAGCAGGAGAAGGGGGGGUAUGAGAGUCAUCCUUUGGGAGAGGCUGACCAUCUUAUGCCUCUGAUUGUCAACGCAGGAGCUGGUGGGCCAAAGUGCGGGAGAAACAUUUUUGAUUCUGUGUUUCUGGGUAAAUUCAAAAUUAGUGGGUUUAUUUGGGACUAGCUACUUCCGCGCGGUUUCACCCGCUCUGCUUGGCUCCUAUUUGUCAUAGCGUGAUGUUUUAUAGUCUAUAACCUUCCUCGAUAAAUGCACUACCCAACACAAAAAUAAUUAUUCAAAUCGGACCAAUAGUUCCGGAGAUUAGCGCGUUCAAACAAACAAACAAUCAAACAAACUCUUCAGCUUUAUAAUAUUAGUAUAGUAUAGAUAUAGAUUCUUAAUGUUCAUUUAGAAAUAUUUGUAGCGCGGCAGUUAGCCGCACUCAAAGACAUUAUUUUGAUGAUUACUUAAACUAUUCCUUAGUAACGAUUUUGUAUUGAAAACUAUUGCUAAGGACUGGGUUAAGUAACCAUUAAAUGACUCUGAGUACGGCGGUAAGGGUAUAAUUCCUGGAUUGUUUGCCACGCCAUAAUAGGAAUGAUGACGGGGUAUGAAAAUUAAAAAUCUAUUUAGUCCGUCAGUUAGGUAAUGGAAAAUAUUAGACACGUACUUUUUUUAUUUUGUCAUAUAAGAUAACAAUACUUAGAUAAAACGAAUCAAAGUUUAGGAUAGAAAGCAAAAUACAUCAUUUCUACGUAUAAAACGUACCUAGAAGUGACGUCACGCGAUAUUUCAAAUCGAUAUAUCUUCGAAAGUAUUUGUUUCCGUAAGAAAAUAAAAAAUACGUGUUUAAUGUUUUAAAAUAAUCUACAAGACGGACAUUGAAAUAAAAAUUAGUCAUCUACCCUACUUGUAGAAUGACUGCAGAACAAGGAAAUUGAUUUACCUUAUACCUACAUGUAAGUUUUAACUUUGUACACAUAAUACUCAAGUGAAAUAUAACAAUAUUCUAAGAAA